AUGUCUGUUUCCAAAAUUGCUGGAGCCAUCCUCGGAUCAGCUGCCCUGGUGGCUGGUCACGGUUACGUGUCCGGAGCUGUCGUUGACGGCACCUACUACGGUGGAUUCAUCGUCGACACCUACAACUACGAGACCGACUUCCCCGACACCAUCGGUUGGUCUGAGGAUGCCACCGAUCUCGGCUUCGUCGACGGCUCUUCCUACUCGAGCAGCGACAUCAUCUGCCACAAGGAUGCUUCCCCUGGCAAGAUCUCCGCCUCCGUCAAGGCCGGUGGCAGCGUUGAGCUGCAGUGGACUGACUGGCCUGAGAGCCACCACGGUCCCGUCAUCACCUACCUUGCCAACUGCAACGGUGACUGCGCUUCCGUGGACAAGACUUCCCUCAAGUUCUUCAAGAUCGACGAGGGUGGUCUCAUCGAUGACAGCAACGUCCCCGGCACCUGGGCCUCCGACAACCUGAUCAGCAACAACAACAGUCGCACCAUCACCAUCCCCAGCAGCAUCGAGUCUGGAAACUAUGUUCUCCGUCACGAGAUCAUUGCCCUGCACUCCGCUGGCAACGCCAAUGGCGCCCAGAACUACCCCCAGUGCCUGAACCUCAAGGUCACCGAUGGCGGCAGUGACUCUCCCGAGGGCACUCUGGGUACCGCUCUGUACAAGAACACCGACCCCGGCAUCAAGGUCAACAUCUACCAGUCCAUGAGCAGCUACACCAUCCCCGGUCCUGCCCUGUACACUGGAGCAUCCUCCGGCUCUGGCUCCUCCGGCUCGACCACCACUGCCGCCACCGUUGCUCCUGUUCCCACCAGCAGCGCUACUCCCGUUAGUGCUUCCCCGUCUCGCUCCCCAUCCAGCACUCCCCUGCGCAGCACCCCGCUUCCUCCGUCCUACAGCGCCACCCUGGUGCCCACUCCCUCCAGCCAGCCCCAGGCCUCGCAGCCUGCCGGCGAGCAGAACCCGCCCAGCGGAGCUCCUUCCGACGUUCCCACCGCUACCGAGACUGCCGCUGCUCAGGUUACUGACCAGUCCUCUUUCCAGACUCCCAGCGCUCAGGGCGCGGAUACCGUGACCGUCACCGCCAGCGCGGGAGGCCAGUCCCAGCAGAGCGCCAGUCCCAGCUCUGGCAGCUCUAGCUCUGGCUCCUCGGACCCCUCGGACUCCUCCAGCUCUGGUUCCACCGGCUCCUCCGAUUCCUCCUCCAGCAGCUCCUACAACUCCAGCGACUGGACCUCCUACCUGAACUCCCUGUCCGCUGAGCAGUUCGUCAACCUGCUCCGCCAGACCGUCAAGUGGCUCGUCACCGACAAGAAGCACGCCCGUGACCUGUCCAACUAA